UCCAGUAAGAGAAAGACCUUAACAUAAUAUCCAAGCCCAAGUUGAAAUGAAUCCAAAGGCCAAGCUCUUUCUGUUCAAAUAGUCCACUCUUUCAUUAAUGUAGUGAGGAAUAAGAGCAAAUGGAAGUGGUAUUUUCUUCAGGAGAACAUUGAAUAUUUGUUUUGAAGGCAGAGAAAGAGCAUGAUAUUUAAUGUUUACAGUUACAUAAAUCAUUGUAUGUUUUGAGACAGUGGACUAAAAUUUCCUAAAAGGUCCUCUCACUCUCAUAGGACUGCGCUACACUUAGCCUGUGCCUACGGCCAUGAGAAAGUGGUAAUUUUACUGGUAGACAGAAAAUGCCACCUUGACGUCUGUGACGGCGAAAACAGGACACCUCUGAUGAAGGCUCUACAAUGCCGGAGGGAAGCUUGUGCAAACAUUCUGAUAGAUGCUGGUGCUGAUCCAACUAUCAUAGAUGUGUAUGGCAACACGGCUCUCCACUAUGCUGUUUAUAUUGAGAGUUUGUCAAUGGUGGCAAAACUGCUGUCCCGUGGUGCAGACACUGAAGUGGAAAACAAGGCUGGCCUCACACCACUUUUACUAUGCAUAACUAGAAGAAAUGUGCAAAUUGUGGAAUUUUUACUGACAAAAAACGCAAAUGCAAAUGCAGUUAAUAAGUGUACAUGGUAUAGUAGUUUUUUUUUUAUUAGAAACACUUGAGUAGUGUUCUAGAGUGAUAGCAAUCAAGUCAGAAAUAUUAAAUUGAUAACAUUUAUUUAAAAUUAUUAGCUUAAGUGAAAAAUAUCAACACAAAUUAUCAGUUAGGAAGAAAAGCCGUUAUUUGGACUGGUCAUUACUAAGAACAGUAUACAGUAAGAUUUAUCUUCUCUUUUUGUAUUGACUGAUUUGUAAUCUGAUGUUUUGGUUGCAUUAUCUUCUAUUAGCUAAAGUGGUUUUAUGUUAAAGAAGUAUGAAUUUUUUCAGUUUAUAAUUCAAUAUUGAAUGAUUAACACUUUUAUAGUAUUUUUCUAACUUCUCUUUUUUAAAUACACUUUAAAAAUGCAAUAUUUGCUGGGCACGGUAGCUCUCGCCUGUUAUCCCAGCACUU